CAAGAACCAGUAGUAGAAGUUCAAGAACUAGGAUAUGAUGCACAAACUUCCUUGUUUACUUUCAAUGAUAGCACCAUACUUGUUUAUCAAUGGCUGCAGUCGGGAAGACGUCGUGGGCAUCCUGGGCCGGAACAUCACCCUUCGGUUCACAUUUAACACCAGCAUCACUAACAGCAGCCAUUUUGUGGUUUACUUAAUGGGCAAUAAAACGGCAGAGUACUGUCCUCGAGGAGAUUGCCCUGGAAAAUCCAGUUUUGAAGUUUACUCUAAAGAUUCUUUUGUAUUUUGCCACAUUACAAACCUCACGCAGAGUCACGGCGGACCGUACACGGCCGCACUCCUCCACAAAACUAGACCAGCUGAGAAAAGUAGCACAGUGCACCUCGUCGUUCAGGAGGCGAAAAGCACGAACAACGUUUCUCGUGCCCAGGAGAACGAUAAAACGACCGAAUAUGCAGAAGACAAUUUUUCCAGUGCGAUCAUCGCCGUAUUUGUGAUUAUCCCCGUGGUCUUGUUGGUGAUUUCUCUGCCUUUGCUCUUCUGGUGUCGUAAACGAGUCAGAGGCAGGACAACACAACAAAACUCCCCACCCACAAAACAGGCUGACAGUGUGGCAUCCAGUAGCAUGCACGAGGGCGCGUUUGCCUACAGUGUCCUGAACUUUCCUAAAAGAGAGGUCACGCCGUUGGACUGCAGGGCAAACAAUACAGAAUAUGUCCGAGUUCACCACCACCCUCAUCAAAAAUGAAUGUGCACAACUGGUCUUGCUGCGAUUGGCUGGCGACCAAUUCAGCGCGUCCCAGAGCACUCACCCAGAUGCAGCUGGGAUAGGCUCCAGCACACCUGCGUCCCGAGUGGAGAUGAGCGCUACGACGGUUUUUUUUUUUGUCUAACCACCGCUCAGUGAUAGUAAGCAGAGGGUUGUAAAAUGUACUAUACAUAAAUAAAUGUCAACUUAAUAACUUUUUUUUUUGUUUUCCUGAAUAUAAAACGUUAGAAAAUGAGAAAUGCUUUGGGAUUUUAUCUCAUUUAAAAUUAGAAUUUCCAGGAAGUGUGAGUAACUGUACUUCUG